ACUCGGGGGGCGGCGGGGCGACAGGAGGGGUCCCCGGGGAAAGGAAACGUACCCGGCUUGGCGGCCCGGCGACCCGGCACCGCUAUGAGGUAGUGACGGAGCUGGGCCCGGAGGAGGUACGCUGGUUUUACAAGGAGGACAAGAAGACCUGGAAGCCCUUCAUCGGCUACGACUCGCUCCGCAUCGAGCUCGCUUUCCGGACCCUGCUGCAGGCCACGGGUGCCCGGCGCCAGGGCGAGGACCGGGACGGCGACCAUGUGUGCUCUCCCACGGGCCCAGCCUCCAGUUCCGGAGAAGAUGACGAUGAGGACCGCGCCUGUGGCUUCUGCCAGAGUACGACGGGGCACGAGCCCGAGAUGGUGGAACUGGUGAACAUCGAGCCUGUGUGCGUGCGGGGUGGCCUCUACGAGGUGGAUGUGACCCAAGGAGAGUGCUACCCGGUGUAUUGGAACCAGGCUGAUAAAAUACCAGUAAUGCGUGGACAGUGGUUUAUUGAUGGCACUUGGCAGCCUCUAGAAGAGGAAGAAAGUAAUUUAAUUGAGCAAGAACAUCUCAAUUGUUUUAGAGGCCAGCAGAUGCAGGAAAAUUUUGAUAUUGAAGUGUCAAAAUCCAUAGAUGGCAAAGAUGGCAGUGGGAUCAGCUAUUCUGCUGUUCAUAGUUUCAAGCUGAGUCGAAACCAUGUGGACUGGCACAGUGUGGAUGAAGUAUAUCUUUAUAGUGAUGCAACAACAUCUAAAAUUGCAAGAACAGUUACCCAAAAACUGGGAUUUUCUAAAGCAUCAAGUAGUGGGACCAGACUUCAUAGAGGUUAUGUAGAAGAAGCCACAUUAGAAGACAAGCCAUCACAGACUACCCAUAUUGUAUUUGUUGUGCAUGGCAUUGGGCAGAAAAUGGACCAAGGAAGAAUUAUAAAAAAUACAGCCAUGAUGAGAGAGGCUGCAAGAAAAAUAGAAGAAAGGCAUUUUUCCAACUAUGCAACACAUGUUGAAUUUCUGCCUGUUGAGUGGCGGUCAAAACUUACUCUUGAUGGAGACACUGUUGAUUCCAUUACUCCUGACAAAGUACGAGGUUUAAGGGAUAUGCUGAACAGCAGUGCAAUGGACAUAAUGUAUUAUACUAGUCCGCUUUAUAGAGAUGAACUAGUUAAAGGCCUUCAGCAAGAGCUGAAUCGAUUAUAUUCCCUUUUCUGUUCUCGGAAUCCAGACUUUGAAGAAAAAGGGGGUAAAGUCUCAAUAGUAUCACAUUCCUUGGGAUGUGUAAUUACUUAUGACAUAAUGACUGGCUGGAAUCCAGUUCGACUCUAUGAACAGUUGCUGCAAAAGGAAGAAGAGUUGCCUGAUGAACGAUGGAUGAGCUAUGAAGAACGACAUCUUCUUGAUGAACUCUAUAUAACAAAACGACGGCUAAAGGAAAUAGAAGAACGGCUGCAUGGAUUGAAAGCAUCAUCUAUGACACAAACACCUGCCUUAAAAUUUAAGGUUGAGAAUUUCUUCUGUAUGGGAUCCCCAUUAGCAGUUUUCUUGGCAUUGCGUGGCAUCCGCCCAGGAAAUACUGGAAGUCAAGACCAUAUUUUGCCUAGAGAGAUUUGUAACCGGUUACUAAAUAUUUUUCAUCCUACAGAUCCAGUGGCUUAUAGAUUAGAACCAUUAAUACUGAAACACUACAGCAACAUUUCACCUGUCCAGAUCCACUGGUACAAUACUUCAAAUCCUCUACCUUAUGAACAUAUGAAGCCAAGCUUUCUCAACCCAGCUAAAGAACCUACCUCAGUUUCAGAAAAUGAAGGCAUUUCAACCAUACCAAGCCCCGUGACCUCACCAGUCUUGUCCCGCCGACACUAUGGAGAAUCUAUAACAAAUAUAGGCAAAGCAAGCAUACUAGGAGCUGCUAGCAUUGGAAAGGGACUUGGAGGAAUGUUGUUCUCAAGAUUUGGACGUUCAUCUACAACACCGUCAUCUGAAACAUCAAAAGACUCAAUGGAAGAUGAGAAGAAACCAGUCGCCUCACCUUCUGCUACCACCGUGGCGACACAGACCCUUCCACAUAGCAGUUCUGGCUUCCUUGAUUCUGCAUUGGAGUUGGAUCACAGGAUUGAUUUUGAACUCAGAGAAGGCCUUGUGGAGAGCCGUUAUUGGUCAGCUGUCACGUCGCAUACUGCCUAUUGGUCAUCUUUGGAUGUUGCCCUUUUUCUUUUAACCUUCAUGUACAAACAUGAGCACGAUAAUGAUGCAAAACCCAAUUUAGAUCCAAUCUGAACUCUCGAAGGACAUGAAUGGCCUAAAACUGAUUUUUUUUUCCUGUUAAAAUGUGUGUGUCAAGAUAUGGAGAUUUCAGGGUUAAAGUAUAUUUUAGUUUUGUUUAGGGCAACAGAUAUUUGAAUUUAAAAGCACUUUAUUUAAAAAAAAAAAAAGUUUUCAGUUCUGAAGAAGUUAUUUACAGUUUCUAUCAUUCUAAUUAUGAGUCUGACAAAACCUUCUCCAGAGAAUCAAGCAAGACCUGGAUGUGAAGAAGGUUUGGGUAAACUGCAUGUAAAGGCUACAAAUCACAAUCUGAUUCCUCCCAAAUAUAAAGGCAUAUGGAACAUAAUGUAUUAACCAAAGUAUGUUAUAAAUUAAAAAUGAUCAAGGUUCAGCAUAUUCUAUAUGGAGAUCGCAAGGUGGUAUCAUUGUUUUAGAUUUCUAUGAAGGCUUUCAUUUUUACAUCCCUUUGAAAAAAUAUAACAGAUUUAAAAUGUUUUGAAUUUAACUUGUUUAGGAAAAACUAAUGCUUAAAACAAUAUUUGAACUACUGUAUUUAUAAUUUAUUACCUCUAAUUGCUUUAUUUCAAUGUAUGAGACAUGACUUUUAAUGUUUGCUUUGAACAUAAUUUAAGAACCAGAUUUAUUUUCUAUAGUGUUAAACCCUUUUUUCUCAGAACUCCAUCUUUGUACUCUUCAGAUGAAUAUAUAGACACUGUGGCAUACAUUAUUUUCUUUUUUCAUUAAAAACUUAUGGCUUCAUACAACACUAGUUCAAUUUUUUAAAUAAACUUUUUAUUAUGUUACAUGUACUUCAGGGAAAGCUAAAGUUUCUCUAAACUUGACACAGAGUACUCCAUAAUGGGUACAUUUCAUUAGCUUUAUUAGAAAACUAGUAAAUGCUUUUGAAUAGGUAGUAUGACAGCUGUUUUAAAUGUGCAAACAUUUGUGUGCCAAACAACAUAUAUGAAGGAAUGGGAUGCCACUAACUAGUGCACAUUGUUUCUAAAUGUGCCAUUGAGACACAAGGCACAGUAAGUCAGGAUUCUGAGGCAUUGGAAGGGUUUUCUUCAGCUGUAAUUGUUUCCACAGUGCUUUUCAUCUGAGGGGCUCAAAGUUUAAGAGGAGUACAUUCAAUAACCCAUGUACUAGCUUCUUGAGGUAAGUAAGUAAAUCUUGUUCUCAUGUUACAUGUUAAUUCACCAAGGCACCAAAACAUUUAAAGUGCCUUGAAUUAGAUUACAUCACAAAUCAGAAAAGCUUGGAUUGGGCUGGUCACCGUGGCUCACGCCUGUAAUCCUAACACUUUGGGAGGCCAAGGUGGGAGGAUCACUUGAGCCCAGGAUUUCAAGACCAGCUUGGGCAACAUAGUGAGACCCCCUUCUCUGCAAAAAAUGACAAAAAUUAGCCACUUGUAGUGGUGUACACCUGUAGUCCCAGCUACUCGAGAUGCUGAGGCGGGAGGAUCACCCGAGCCCAAAAGUUCGAAGCUGCAGUGAGCUCUGAUCGCACCAAUGCACUCCAGCCUGGGUGACAGAGCCAGACCCUGUCUCUAAAAAACAAAGAAAAGCUUGGGUUGAAGCCAGACCGUACUCUUUUAUAUGCUGUUCAAUGACUUAAUUCACAUGUGAUCUUUAGUAGUUUGCAAACAAUAAUAACAGAAGUUGCAAUUCAUAAUUAGGAUAAAUGACCAUGAACCCAGUGUUUCCCUGCUUGAUUUCUAGGUUCUUGGAUUCUCACACGAAAGAGGAGUUACCUAGAGGGGAUCAGUAGCCAUCCCUGUUGCACACAACCCUCACUUCUGAGUGGUUACCACUAUGUUCCACUUAAGGUGCUGUCUUUUCUUAUCUUGCAAGGAAUUGCUUAGCUUCCCAAUAAUCAUUGUCAAACUGGGAGCAAAGUUGGUCAGCUGUAUCUCUCACCUCCUCCUUUCUUCAUAACAUAGUAGAAUCUGUGACUGACUUGUAGGUUUUACUUAGCACUUCAGUGCUGUUGGCUGCUUUGGCCUUUUGUUGAAUUUGCACAACAACAUAAAGCACUUGUUUUUAAUGUUUAAAAAAAAUUCCAAGGCUCCAUGACCAAGUAUGUGACUCACUAAGAAACCCUUGCUAUAAAAGGCUUUUGAUGAAAUCUUAGCAAAGCUAAAGUAAUCUCUAACUUAGAGAUUCCUAUGAACUCAGGUCAUUUUCAUAGCCUGUUUAUUUUGUAGAUCUAAUUUAGUUCUCAGGAAAAUUAAACUCAUGCUAUAUGACUGUAUCGUUAAAGGUACUUGAGCAUAUGUUGCUGUAGGUGGUAUGACACUCAAAUGCAUAAGAACUUUAUGGGAUUUAUUCGUAACCACUAGAAUAUGAAGAGCCCUUUUUACCUGAGAAGAGUGAAAUUAUGUCAAACCUUUUAAUUUGAUAUCACUGAGUAAAAGGUAUGUUCCUAUAGCCAUGGGAAUAUGCCUGCUUUCUUUUUUUCAUAUGGAGAAAACAGUCAAAUUUAACCAUCUGGAGUUUAUUUGAAUUCUUGGAAAAAGCAAUAUUCGAAACCUUUUCAAAAAUAAGAUGUUCUGGACUACUGGAUGGAUGUUUUGUUUUCAGUUCAUUAUUUCAUCAGUAGAGAUGGUGAUUUUGGUUUUGUAGUAUCCUUGUUUCUACGUCUGUGCAUGUUAAUAUUGGAUGUAUUUGUAUAUACUUAAUAUACAGGCUGUGUGUCAUUCUGGCUUGAUUAGAAGCUAAGUCAGUUACUGAGUAACAUUUUGCAACUUUAUUCCAGCAAGUACUAAAUCGGCCAAAAAAAGUUUUGUUUUUGAUACCAUUAAAAUUUUAUUCUCUA